AUGUCAGAAGAGGAUUUCAUACCUCUUACCGAAGGAUCAGGGUCGAAGAAAGAUCGAAAAGAACGAGUCAAUACAACGCUAUUCGUCUCUUCACUCCCUUACACAGCUACAUCCACAGAUCUCUUGACCCAUUUCUCAUUCAUUGGUCCUGUGAGGCACGGUUUCGUGGCUACUGAUAAAGAUACUGGUAAAUCCAAAGGUGUAGGAUAUGUCACAUAUUCAUUAUUGGAAGAUGCACAAAGAGCAGUGCAAGAACUGAAUGGUGGUUCUUUCGGUGGUGGAAAUAGGAAAAUCAGAGUAUCAUUGGCUGGUGAAAGGGCAUCACUCAAAGAUCGUAAAGCAGCUGCACUAGAGAAUGAUUCCAAACCAAAACCAAAACCCAAGAUAUCAGCUGGCGGUGAAGGAGGAGAACAGAAAUCAGGGGAUCCAAACGCUAUCAGAACUUUGGUUUUAUCAGGUUUACCAGAAGGAAUAACGAAGAAUGUUUUAUGGAAAAAAGUGAGGAAAGUCGAUUCCAAUGCAGAAUUAGUUUAUCCCGUUCCUUCCGAAGAAGGUGAAACUACGCAAGAUACUGCCAACAUCAUAUUCCCCUCUCAUGGAGAUGCAAUGAAAGCAUUGCCUAAACUUCAUGGACAUACCUAUAAAGGUUCUUUAAUAUCUUGUGUAUUGAAAAAGAGACUUGAAAAAUUAUCAGCUAAAGGUGAAGGCAAAAGUCAAAGUCACGCCGGUCGAUUGAUUAUCAGAAAUCUUGCUUGGGAUACCACUGUACAAGACCUCCGUGCUGCCUUCUUACCUUAUGGACCUAUACACACUAUUGACUUACCGACCCUCCCUUCGAAAUUACCACCCUCAGCCGAUCCAUCAAAACCACCUCCUCCACCAAGGGCAAGAGGUUUCGCCUUCGUUUGGUUCUUGACUCGAAAAGAUGCUGAAAGAGCUAUUGAAGGUGUUAAUGGAAAAGUACUCAAGACGAGAUCCGGUAAAGAAGGACGAGAAGUGGCGGUUGAUUUCGCAUUGAGUAAGGAAAAAUGGGAAGAAGCUAAAAAAGUAGAAGGUGAUGAUGAAGAGAAUAAAGGAUCGGCUUCAGGAUCAGAAUCUGGAUCAGAUGAAGAUUCCGAGUCGGGAUCAGCUAGUGAAGAUGGAUCAGAUUCUGGUUCGGGUUCUGAUGACGAUGAUAAUGACGACGAAAAAGCCGACGAGGAUGUCGACAUGUCGGAAGCUGAAUCCGGCUCAGAAGAAGAGGAAGAGGAGGAGGAAGAACCGGUAAAACCUACUUUACCCACUGUAGAUGUCGGUUCGACUUUGUUCAUCCGGAACUUACCUUUCGAGACCACAGAGCAGGAACUCAACACUUUGUUCCGAUCUUUCGGUCCACUACGAUAUGCUCGAAUCACAAUGGACAAAAUGACUGGUCGAUCUAGAGGAACAGGCUUUGCAUGCUUUUGGAAGACUGAAGAUGCAGAUGAAGCUAUCAUGGAAGCUGAGAAAGUAGCUAGGGAGACAGGUGCCAAUGCUAUGCCUCUCGGAGGUGGAGCCAAGAAUCCUUUCGCACUUCCUUCAGUACUUACCGCAGACCCUUCCUCUUCUCUCGCAAGCCGGUUGGUCUUGCACGGACGGACACUGGAAGUGACCAGAGCUGUAACAAGGGAACAAGCUGGUCUGAUGAAGGAAGACAGUGAAAGAGCUAGAAAUGCCGGUGACAAGAGGAAUACAUACCUCAUGAGAGAAGGUGUAAUCUUCCCAAAUUCUCCUGCUGCAUCUUCUUUACCUGAGGCAGAAGUUGAAAAGCGACAAGCAUCAUUCAAUGCGCGAAAGACACUGUUGAAAUCAAAUCCCUCAUUAUACAUCUCCAAGACUCGUCUUUCCAUUCGUCAAUUACCACUAUUCGCCACUGAUCGAACAUUGAAGAGAUUAGCUAUACAUGCUGUACGAGAAUUCGAUGCUGAAGUAGCCAAAGAAGAAAGGGAGGGAUUAGCUCGGACUGAGGAAAUGGAUGAAACUUUGUCUGCGGCCUUGGAAGCUAGAAAAUCCAAAAAGGGCAAAGGUAAAGAAAGAGAAACAGUGGUUAUUCAAUCAAAGAUCGUUAGACAAACUGAAAAGAUCGAUCCCCUCACUGGACAAGGUAGAUCAAAAGGAUAUGGUUUCUUGGAGUUGAAAUCACAUAAAGAUGCGUUGAAAGUUUUGAGAUAUACAAAUAAUAAUCCUGAAGUAGGUCAAUUAAUGUGGACUUGGUGGAAAGAGGAAAUGAAGGAUAUCAAAGAACGAACUCAAAAAUCACUUGAUCUGCUCAGAGAUAACAAAGGAACAGGGAAAGAAACUGUUGAAGAAUUGGAAACCAGGUUAAAGAAGUUGGAUCAAAGAUUAGAUGAAGGUGAUGAUAAAUCACAAGGUGGAAUGAGAGGUGGUAAAACCUUAUUAGUUGAAUUCAGUAUCGAAAAUGUUCAGGUCGUAAGAAGACGAGCGGAGAAAAUCACUUCAAAUAGGGAUCAAGCGAGGGAAGAGCGAAGUAAUGGAGAUAGGAAAUCCGGAGACAGGAAAUCCGACAGAGGAGGUAAAAGGGAGUUUGGUGUUGGUGAAAAACGAAAAUCAGGUGUUAUCGCAGCUGAAGACAGUGAUGAUGACGGUGGAUCGUCGAAGAAAGUCAAAUAUGACAAGAGAGAAUUCAAGAGUGGCAGAGGUGAUAAAGGUGGUAGAAAUGAUAGAGGCGAUAAGAAGGAGAGGGGUGAUAGAGGUGACAGAAAAGAAAGAGGUGAAAGAGGUGAUAAGAGAGAUAGAAGUGGAAAGAGAGAUAACAGAUCAUCAUCUGCUCAUGCCCCCGCCCCUGCAUCCGCGCCCGCUCCCGCUUCAUCAUCCGCUGGCGAGAAGAAGGGUAUUGAGAAACUCGAUAAUCAUUUAGGCAGUCUGAUAGGAAGGAAGAGGAAGCAAAGGAAAGAUGGAAAGUGA